UCGCUAGCCAUACGUAAAUCUUUUGUGUUUUCUGAGAUAUUACAACUUACAAAAUCAACUACGCCAACAUGACAGACAACGUCGUCGUUUCCACUCCAGCACCAGUUGCCGCAUCGCCAGCCGCGAAGAAAUCCCCGGCCAAGAAGAAGGUGGCCACUGCUGCCAAAGCGAAAAAGUCCGCAGCGACACAUCCUACCACAUCGGUGAUGGUCACGUCUGCGAUCAAGGAGCUUAAGGAGAAGAAAGGAUCGUCUCUGCCAGCAAUCAAAAAAUACUUGGCAGCCAACUACAAAGUUGAUCCCGCCAAGUUGGCACCGUUCAUCAGGAAAUUUUUGAAAGCCGCCGUCGCUAAUGGCACUGUCCUUCAGACCAAAGGCACCGGAGCGUCUGGACACUUCAAACUACCGGUGGCCGAGGUUAAACCUAAAAAGAAGACCGCUGUAGUCAAGAAGAAGAAGCCAGUCGUUAAGAAGGUCAAAGCCCCGGGAGCUACAAAGAGGAAAUCAACGUCCGCCAAGAAAGUGAAACCCGCAGCCGGCGAACCAGCAGCUAAAAAAGUCAAGAAAGCCGUUGCUGCUAAACCUAAAGCAGCAACCAAGCCUAAGAAGUCACCGGCGAAACCAAAAAAACCGAUCGCCGCCAAACCCAAAGUAAAGAAGACUCCGACCAAGAAGACUGCAGCUCCCAAGAAGAAGUAAAUUAUUAUAUUCACUUCUCACACACACCCUUAUGUUAAAACGGUCCUUUUCA